AUGCCUCGAAACAUGGCCCCAGCCAAUAUAUCAUCGGUGCAAGAUCUAGUCCAGUACAAUGUAGCUGACGCAGCCGCCGUAGAUCUUAAUGCACCCCCAGGAUACAUUGAAAGGUACAUCCACAGUGAGAUCUACCGACGGUUCCCAGGAGUCAAAAGCGUCAUUCACAGUCAUGCCAGCACAGUCAUACCUUACAGCAUUACAGGUGUGCCCCUGAGAGCAUGUCUCCACAUGACGGAGUUUUUAGGCGCGACAACGCCCGUUUAUGAUAUUGCCAAGUACUACGAGUCUGAUUCUACUCGAGACCUUGUCAUACGGAACGGUCAUCUAGGAGAGUCACUUGCUGCCUGCUUUGGCGAUUCGCUGGAGGACACAAAUCAAAGUGAGAGUGGUGUAAAUGAUCUCAAACAUUCUGUUGUCCUCAUGCGUGGCCACGGUUAUACAGUGGCAUCCCAGGGAAUCGAAGAAUACGUGUAUAAAGCGAUUUAUGCGAGAGAGAAUGCCGCCGUUCAAUCAACGAGCCUUGGUCUUCUGGCGGCGUAUGAUUCAGCAUCUGGUGGUAGAGUGCCAGACAUUGUAUCAAUCCAUAACGAUGAACUUGUAGCGACAGGCAGCAUUGCGAGGACGGCAUGGGGCCGAGUCUGGAGUUUAUGGGUUCGAGAGGUUCAGGCUGUUGGCCUGUACGUUCAUGACGAUUAA